CGAGGCAGGGAGCUUGUGUACCCUGCGCAGACGAGGUUUGCCACCCACUACUUGAAACUGGAGAGGUUGCUGGAUCGUCGCAGAGCGUUGGAGGCGUAGAUGAUGAGCGACGAUUGGUUGCGGACUGCAUGGAGGAGGUCCAUUUUUCUGCAGGCAAGGUUGGUGCGUCAUGAGGUGCGGUACGCGCCGUUCAGGGAGCACGUGGAGGACAUUGUGGCGAUGAUGACGCCUGUGAUGCAGUUGCUACGACGUUUGGACGGGGGGGGGCGCGUGAUGACUCGCAUGUGGUCGUGGGUUUUUGUCAUGGUCGAUAGGGUGGCGAGAGAGAGCCUGAACAUGACAUCGAAGGACGAGCUCCACAUCGUUAUUCAGGCUUGUCAGGCGCGGAUCGCUCAUAUGUUGGAGCCCGCACAUUGCAUGGCCCACAUCCUCAACCUGCGGCACAGGAGCAUUAUUUUUUUUGGAGCGGCGAGGCAUACCGGGCACGAGCGGACACUGGCAGACGAGUCGCUGCGAUACCUUCGCCAGCAGACUGGUGGUGACGAGGAUUUGUAUCGGACGUUGCGCACGCAGCUGGCGGAGUUUCAUUCUCGGGAGGGCGAUUGGACGUAUGGAGGGGUUGAGGGAGAGAGGGAUGCGGCCUCCUGCAGAGGGGAGAAAGAGACGUCGCAGGGUGUUCGGCCAGCUGACCGAGUCACCGAGCCACAGCGCGACCGGCAAGUCCAGCGCGGGCGGAAGGAUCGCCUUUCAAAGGCACCUCCCAGCGUCGAGACGUAUUUUGGUCGUCGCGCCACGGUGCUCAUGACGACUGAGUUGGAGUCAGUGUACGAUCCCGAGCCUGAUCCCAUGGCUCAGGAUGCGAUGGAGGCCGAGCCGUGGUCAGAUCCGGACGACCUGGCCGUGGAGUCAGAGCCUGGAGGUUCUGAUGACGAUGACGAUGACACUCCUCUCAUCCAGAUUUCGCGUCCUCGCACACGUGCAUCCACGGCGGUCGCUGCACCGUCUCCCGCAGCACGCCCUCCUUUGAGUGCUCCCGACGUCUCGUUGCAAGGCCAGGCGGACCGUGUUGAGAGCACGACGCCACACCCUUCGACUGAUCGUCGCGGACAUGGUGAGGGGGGGACUCGGGAGCGCGUUGACGAGGGAGACGACGGCGACAGGGAGGGAUAUGAGGGCAGCAGUGAGGAUGAGGAUGAUCCCUGUUAUUCCCCGAUGCGCGGACAUGGUGACGAUGACGAUGGCGAGGGCGGCGACGGUGGACAGCCUGUGGGUGGUUUGCGGAAGUCCGAGAGACAGUGUGGCGACCGAUGCAGUGGUGCAGGCAGGGGAGGCAGCGGGUCGGGUGUUGGGGGUGCACAAAACUUAGGUGGUGCAGGACGUGGUGGCAGAGGACACGUAAGGCGAGAGUCUGCAUCGUCCACUCGCACUGUGCAUUGGGUUGAUGAGGGGAGGCCCGCUGAGGCGCCUGUGGUUCCUCCUUCCCCUACAGAGGUUGCUCAGUCCCCUGCUGAGUUCGCAGCGGCGUCUGCGGAUGGCCCGGCGGCGUCUGCAAAGGGCGCAGCGGCGUCUGCGGAGGGCGCAGGCGGGUUUGCAGGUGUUCAAGUUGGUGGCGAGGGUAUACAGGUUGGGAGGCCAUCUUUACAGUUGGGUGCCGGUUUCAGCGACAACAUUUUUUAUGUUUCGCUAGGGUUUCCUCCGACACCCGCAGGGGAGCGUGUUGGUGCCGAUGCGGACGCAGCGACCACUAGCACACCCGUCAGUCAGAUAGUCCGUGGUAUAACUUCUUGCAGCGCGGGCAACAUCAGUAGUAGCAUGUUGCAGGAGGCAGCAGAGGGGACACCGGGUUGGUCAAGGCAGCACGAGCAUGCAGCUAGGGAUGAUGGGGAGUGUCGACCUGUGCAGGAGCGGGCGACAGAGUCAGAGCAAGACAGGAUCGACCGCGAGGAGAGGAGGACGGCGCAGGGGUUGGCUAGCCACUGCGAGAUGACGCAGAGUAUUGCAUCGAGAGCACGUGUAGCGUGGAUGCUCGAGAUGGGCGUUGCUGCAGGCGAUGCAGAGGUCGAGUGCGGCGGUGCGGGCGGAGGGGAUGCAGGCGAGAGACCUGCGUCGCCAGUUCAGGGUGUUUGCGUAUUGCCUCUCGGUGGGGCCAUGUCGGCAGGGGAGUUGGAGCGGCAGGCGCGGGAGGACCCAUUGCAGGCAGAUCGCCGCGGCCGGAUGGCCAAGGAGUGGAGGAGGUUGAUGGCAGAGGGCCCAGCUUACCUGCCUUGCAGCCCGUCAGUGCCAUCGUCCACCACAGAUGUCAGCACACCCGCACAUGUGGAGGGUCCAGGCGCAGCAGAGGCGGGACAAGGCCCCUCACCAACACCCGUUGGGGAUUCUCCGUCUCCUCAGUCACRGAAGAAGAAGAUGAGAGCAGGGAAAAGUCUUAGUACCGUGAGGAGAGUGACGCAGACGAUGCGGGGGAGUCAGCCCGGGUUGGCCGGUUUACAUCCGCGGACACGGGCGGCUUUGGGCGGGGACGUUGUCGCAGACGUAGUAGGAUGGCAGGAGAGGGCCUCCAACCGAGUGGCGGAUCAGCCCAUGAGCGCACCUGCUGAGGCGACGUUGCCAUAUACCGUAGGGCGUACAGUGGGUACGAGCAACCACGUUGAGCACAGUGCGCCCCCCGGGAGGAGCAUGGCUGCACGUAUAUUGCGGGAGGAUAUAAGGGMAGUGACAGCGCAACGACCGUCACAGGCAUCAGUCGUUUGGGAGUCUGGCACAGACGAUUUAGAGAUGCCUUAUGGCCAGCGGAGGAGGGUUUCCGUGUAUGAUCUUCUUCGACCACAGGGACGGGUUGAGGAGGCGCCACAGGGGGAGAUUCAUGCUCCGGAUAUUUCGCACGCGCCGRCAGGCGGCACAGGUCGYGGGGAUGGUGUCACAGGUGUGGUGYCCCAGAGGAGGAGGAAGGACAUUGUGGAUGACGAKGAUGCAUAGUUCCACCAUURGUCUUCUUUCAUCCUCUGUUUCGUAGUAGUGUACARUAUAUUUAGUGCUUCGGACGAG